AUGGACGUCAAGAAUGCAUUCUUACAAGGUGAACUCGAAGAUGAAGUGUACAUGCGACCUCUGCCUGGCUUAGGAGAUACUACUGGUCCGGGGGCAGAUCACACUCUCUUCACAUUACCAAGUGAGAAAGGUAUUGUAGUCAUUCUAGUAUAUGUUGAUGAUAUCAUCAUAACUGGAAGUGACAAGAGGUAUAUCGGUCUAAUGAGGGAUUGUUUAAUAUCACAAAGAAAAUAUGCUCUUGAUCUUUUGAGUGAAGCAGGGAAACUUGGAUCAAAAGCAGUGACAACACCACUUGAGGAAAUCUAUAAGACAGGAGGAAAGGGGGAGCUUGAGGCAGCUCCAUUCGAAGAUGUGAGCCAACACAUGCAAAACCCAACUAGACAUCACUGGAACAUGUUCAAUUGGGAUCUUCAAGUACAUCAAAGGGUCACCAGGACAAGGCAUUUGGAUGGGAGAAAUGAAAAAACGGAAUUGGUGGGAUAUUUUGAUGCUGAUUAUGCCGGAGACCGUGAAGACCGUCGCUCUACCACAGGCUACUGCACGUUCCUAGGAGGAAACUUGGUCACAUGGAAAAGUAAGAAGCAAAGGUGGUAUCACUCUCAAGCACUGAAUCAGAAUAUAGAGCCAUGA